AUGUCUGGGCGUGGUAAAGGUGGAAAGGGGCUGGGGAAGGGUGGCGCCAAGCGCCACCGCAAAGUUCUUCGAGAUAACAUCCAGGGCAUCACUAAGCCGGCCAUCCGUCGGUUAGCCAGACGUGGUGGCGUCAAGCGUAUCUCUGGCCUUAUCUACGAGGAGACCCGUGGGGUAUUGAAAGUGUUUCUGGAGAACGUGAUCCGGGACGCUGUCACCUACACCGAGCACGCCAAGCGCAAGACUGUCACCGCUAUGGACGUGGUCUACGCGCUCAAGCGGCAGGGCCGCACUCUUUACGGCUUUGUGCACGUUCGCUUUAGCCGCUUUGUUAUGGCUCGUACUAAGCAGACCGCUCGCAAGUCCACCGGCGGCAAGGCGCCGCGCAAGCAGUUGGCCACCAAGGCGGCUCGCAAGAGUGCGCCGGCUACGGGCGGCGUGAAGAAGCCGCACCGCUAUCGGCCCGGCACGGUGGCCCUGCGCGAGAUCCGCCGCUACCAGAAGUCCACGGAGCUGCUGAUCCGCAAGCUGCCGUUCCAGCGCCUGGUGCGCGAGAUCGCGCAGGACUUUAAGACCGACCUGCGCUUCCAGAGCUCGGCCGUGAUGGCGCUGCAGGAGGCGUGCGAGGCCUACCUGGUGGGGCUUUUCGAGGACACUAAUCUGUGUGCCAUCCACGUAAUCAUGUCUGGACGCGGCAAAGGCGGUAAGGGUCUGGGUAAGGGAGGUGCUAAGCGCCACCGCAAGGUUCUGCGCGACAACAUCCAGGGCAUCACCAAGCCAGCUAUCCGCCGCCUGGCCCGGCGUGGCGGUGUGAAGCGCAUUUCCGGUCUCAUCUACGAAGAGACCCGCGGGGUGCUGAAGGUGUUCCUGGAAAACGUGAUCCGGGACGCCGUCACCUACACCGAGCACGCCAAGCGCAAGACUGUCACCGCCAUGGACGUGGUCUACGCGCUCAAGCGCCAGGGACGCACUCUCUACGGCUUCGGCGGCUAA